AGCCCGGCGGUGGCGGAGGCUCUCGCAGUGGUAGCGGGCUGUGGGGUCUGGAGUGUGCCUGCGCCCCUCGGGUCCGACCCUUUCAGCGUUCUGCACCCGCGCCAGCCUACCUCGCUCCUCGGCGCCAUGACCACCACCACCACCUUCAAGGGUGUCGACCCCAACAGCAGGAACAGCUCCCGGGUUUUACGGCCUCCAGGUGGUGGUUCCAACUUUUCAUUAGGUUUUGAUGAACCAACAGAACAACCUGUGAGGAAGAACAAAAUGGCCUCCAGCAUCUUUGGGACACCUGAAGAAAACCCCCCUUCCUGGGCCAAGUCUGCAGGUGCCAAGUCUGGUGGUGGCAGGGAAGAUCCGGAGCCAUCGGGGCUGCAGAGGAGGAACUCCUCGGAAGCCAGCUCGGGAGACUUCUUCGAUCUGAAGGGAGAAGGUGAUAUUCAUGAAAAUGUGGACACAGACUUGCAAGCCAGCCUGGGGCAGAGUGAAGAGAAGCCUGUGCCUGCUGCGCCUGUGCCCAGCCCUGUGGCCCCGGCCCCAGCCCCAUCCAGGAGAAACCCUCCUGGUGGCAAGUCCAGCCUCGUCUUGGGUUAACUCCACCUGUCUCAACUCUGUCGUUUUGUUUGUUUUCUCCAUGCUUGUGAACUGCACAACUUGAGCCUGACUGUACAUCUUUUGGAUUUGUUUCAUUAAAAAAGAAGCACUUUA